AUGACAAACUUCAACAUCCAGAUCAUUUCCGACAGCGUCUGUCCGUGGUGCUACGUCGGCUACCGCCGCCUCUCGCGCGCUAUAACUACACAUAAACUCACCAACCCGCUGGACACGUUCACCAUCACUUGGUCCCCAUUCUACCUGAACGCGUCUUCCCCAGGUUAUCCCGGUGUGAAUAAGCGGCAGUUCUACGAGAACAAGUUCGGGGCAGCCCGAACGGGCGCGAUCUUUGAGCGCCUUGCUGCAGUAGGCGAAGGCGAGGGAAUUAAGUUUAGGAAAAUUGAGAACGGUGUGAUAGGGGGCCUGCAGACCAGGGUUGUGGAACGGCUAUUUCGGGCAUACUUUGAGGAGGAAAAGAAUAUUACUGAGCGUGCGGUGUUGGUUGAGGCUGCAGUUGGAGGGGGUUUGGACAAGAGUGAGGUGGAGGGGUUCUUGGAUUCGGAUGUUGGAGGGGUGGAAGUUGAUAGGGACGCUGAGGGGGCAAGAAGACAGUUUGUGACGGGCGUGCCGUAUUUCAUGGUGCAGGGACAGUAUGCGAUCGAGGGAGCGGACGAGCCGGAGACUUUCUUGGAGGUAUUUGGGAAGAUAAAGGCCGACGGGCAAUGA